AUGGUUAGAGGCUCAGAUAUCCUCCUCAUCCUCGUGGCCAUUUUGUUCCCUCCAGCGGCCGUCGCGUUCAUGACCGGUUGCUCCUGCGACUUGCUCAUCAACGUUGCCCUUACCCUCUUGGGCUACAUUCCAGGGCACAUUCACGCGUUCUGGAUCAUCUACAAGCGCAUGAAGGCCGAGGAAACAUACGGCCACGGCGGAUACCGUUACACCGGCAAUGCAACCUUCGAGCCCGUUGUUCAACAAGGUGUUCCAGUCGCAGCUCCUAACUAUGGUGCCACUGUCUAA